UAACAGUUUGUUUUCCUCUGGCCGGGCUCUCAAUGGAGGCCUGUCAACGUUCACAUAUCGCCUCAUAUUGUACAUUUAACCACAUCUAGAUGCUCAGUGCGUCUCGGGGUUGGUAUUUAAUCCCUUUUCAUUUAGGACCGUAGUCAUGUCUCAAGAAGGAUAUCAGCCACCAGCAGCGAAAACAACCGCGGAGACGAGGUUGGACAUGCAUGAAUCACAGAGGGCCAGUCCUGGGAAGACGCCGAUACAAGUCCUGCACGAAUAUGGCACCAAAAGUGGCAACAUCCCAGUGUACCUGAUGGAGAGGGCCGAAGGAGAGGCUCACCAGCCCAGCUUCAUCUUCAGGGUGACGAUCGGAGACGUGUGCUGCACAGGUCAGGGUCCCAGUAAAAAGGCGGCCAAACACCAGGCUGCAGAGGCUGCCCUGAACAUUCUGAACAUAGACGUUGGAAUAGUUGGCAGUACUUUGACAUGUGUUGAUGUGGUUGUCAACAGGAAUGUUCCUGUGAACCCAGACAGUAACGGUGUAGCAGGGGAAACAAACAGCUCUCCCAACCCUGUGGGCAUUCUGCAGGAGCUGGCGCUGCAGAGAGGAUGGCGUCUUCCUGAGUACUCGGUUUUAAUGGAGGCUGGUCCACCGCACAAGAGAGAGUUCACCGUUACAUGUCGAAUGGAGUCACUAGCGGAAAAGGCUGUAGGAAACUCGAAAAAAGCAGCAAAAAAGGCAGCGGCGGAAAAAAUGGUGGCGAAGCUUCGGAGUCUGUCGGGGAGCGCUGAAAUCACGUGGAGUCCCAAACCAAGCGUCCGAUUUGAGAACUUGAGGAACUCGUCAGCAGAGAAGAUAUCUCUACUGAGAAGAAACCCGCUGAGCAUUCCCAACACAGAUUACAUUCAGCUGAUGUUGGACCUUUCCAAAGAGCAAGGCUUUGAGGUCACAUACUUCGAUAUUGACGAGCUGACGGUGAACGGCCAGUACCAGUGCCUGGCGGAGCUGUCCACCUGCCCCGUCACCGUGUGCCACGGCACGGGCAUCUCCUGCGGCAACGCUCACAACGACGCGGCACACAGCGCCCUCCAGUACGUCAAGAUCAUGGCCUCCAUCAAAUAAGCGCCGUCAUGCGGGCGCGUUCACUCACGCAGCGUCACGUCACAUCAGCUGAUGCCCAGUCACUAUGAGGUCUUCCUGCGGUGUGACCGCCCAGGUAUAUUUUUGUAGCUUGCGCUCAUCACAAAGCUCCACGUUAACUGGAGGUGCAUCGGCUUGAGUCAUGCAGCUUUUAUCCGCAUUUGUGUGGACGUGCCUGUAAAUUUACAAAUGCCGUCAGAGUUAUAUUUUGUCAUUUGGAUAUUUAAAGAAAUGCAAAUGUGCACAUGAAGUUAUAGGAUUUAUCAUAAAGCACUAAUGUAUCGUUUUAUUCUCUCUCUUUGCUUUUUACGUGUUUUUAUGGUGUUGCUUUAGUUUAAGGUUUAAGUCAUUUGGCUUAUUUUUAUAUUUAUUUAUUUUUUUAUUUCUACACACGCUCACUGGCCACUUCAUUAGGUACACUUGUGAAAAUGAAUGCACUGACUCUAAUAAGGCAGCACUAAAUCUCCAUUCAUGACUGUUCUCCUCUUCAAUCUAUGUUGAAACAAUGAAGGAAAAGUGGUGAUUCAACUGUAUGAUAAUGUUAAAGGAUGCAACCUGUGGUGCUGUUAAUCUGUGUUGAAUUACGCACAGAAAUAUUUCCGUUUUUUUAGCCUAGCCCAUUGACUGAUAUUUUGUUGUCAGCGCAACAAAGGCUAAGAUUUUCUUUCACUUGUGUAACUCAUGAAAAGACUAGUGAGUGUUCAUAUUCUCUGGAGUGAUCUGCUGAGAGGGGCCUGCAAUUUUAACCUAGAACAAAAUGUAUUUUUCUCCAUUUCCAUGCUGUCAUCAGCCGGUACCCAUCACCCUUCAGAUUCUUCGCACUCCUGCCUCAUCUGUCCUCACGCUCCUUUUUGCAGCGUGCCUUUAGAAGUGAAACCUGUGAUGUACUUAAUAAAAA